UAGCGUUUCUCACAUUUACCUGUUUGGCAAGCUACCUGUUGAUUAACAAAUAUCUUGAAAUAAAGUUAACCGUCCAGCUUUCAAGGGGCCUGCAUCGUCGCCAAGAUGUUUAACAGAAACUGGAGUCUUUGGAUGGGUGAUCUGGAUCCGUACAUGGAUGAGAAUUUCAUUAAAGAAGCAUUCAGCGCGAUGGGAGAGACUGCACAUGGCGUUAAAAUCAUAUGCCACAGAUCAACUGGUGGUCCAGCAGGAUAUUGCUUUGUGGAAUUGGAGGAUGAAGCUAGUGUUGACCGCUGUGUUCUAAGGCUGAAUGGAAAGUUAGUCCCAGGAUCAAAUCCACCCAGAAAGUUUAAGUUAAACUAUGCAACGCAUGGAAAAAGAACCGAAACAGGGGCAGACUAUUCCGUUUUUGUUGGGGACCUCACUCCAGAAGUUGAUGACUUCCAGCUCUAUGACUUCUUUAUGAAGAAAUACCCUUCCUGCAAAGGAGGCAAAGUGGUCACAGAUCCUUAUGGGAACUCAAGAGGCUACGGCUUUGUCAAGUUCAGUGACGAAAAGGAGCAGAAGAAAGCCCUUGAGGAGUGUCAGAAUGCCAAGGGCCUGGGAACGAAACCAAUCAGGAUCAGCAUAGCCGUUAACAAGAGCAACAAGAUUAAUAAUUACAACCAAAACCAUAACUACAACAACUACCAGCAGCAGUACUACCAGCAGUAUCAGCAGAACUACUAUCCCCAGUGGGGCUACGACCCCUACAACAGUUACAACUAUGGGUACGGACCCUACGGGCACCCGCCUCCAGGCCCUGGCAUGAUGUACCCACCCCCGCCACUGGACAUGCCCCCUCCGCCCACUCUAACACAGGCAUCCUCAGAGCAGACACAAGGAUCCACAGGGGAUGCAGAUGAAGAGGCUGUUGAAGACCCCAGCCCUCCUCUGGACGUGGACACUCUGAACAGGGAGUACAUGGAGCGCAGCGAGGAACUGUAUGACUCCCUCAUGAACUGCCACUGGCAGCCACUGGACUGUGUGACCUCCGAGAUCCCCGCCCUCUCCGACUGCUGACACGCCUCCUCCAGCGCACGGCUUCCAGGCCCCCUGUGCGCUGUGUACAGAGCAUACCUUUUAUACAGCUGUAGGUUGCUUAUGCAAAUGCAACGUUGAAUGACGUUAAUAUCAAAGAGCCUUUUUACUGUGAUGGGAUCCUUAUUUUGUAUAUUCAUUGUGUGUUCACACUGUGUCGGUUGUUAGCAGGCGUGUUGCUCUUUUGGGCUGCAGGUUUUUAAGCGUUGAACAGCACCCACGAUUUGUGUUUAUGGCAAAGAACUCCAUGCAAGGGGACUUGCUGGAUAUUGUUGCUGGAUAGAUAUGCCACACAUCUGAAGGCCGCCAUGCACAAACAAAUCGCUCCAUUAGUCCUGUGGGUUUAAAAGGCACAGUGAAGUCAGACAGUGAUGUCAGAGAACUGGCAAACUCUACUACGGUGAAGAACUGUUCCUGCAGUUAUAGUUCUUGUCUUUACAUGUCUCUCAUAAUU